CCAUCUUCUCUCCCUUUUUUGUUAUUGUAUGAGUCUAGAUAGAGAGUAAUCUGGCGUCCCGCCAAAGCUCUGGCAAAACUCCAGCUUCUCCAACUCUCUCAAGAACGAUCUGGCGUCCUGCCAAAGCCUUAGCCAAUCAUCAAAGCUCAAACUCCAUUUCCUUCCAUAGGAAUACAGUGAAAGUCCAUCUGCUUGCAUGAACUUUUGUCAUAUAUGGAUUUAUAAAAGUGAAGGUGAAUCUUUGAUCCUUGUAAUCUUCCCUUAGGGCUCAGGGGGAGCAAGCUUGGAUUGUAGAGGAACCGAACAAUUAUUAACUGAAGAACAAAGAAACAGUGGGGUCACUCAGAGGAGAAAAUGGUGAAAUGCAAACAGGGGACACAGAAAGGGCUGAACUCCUCAAUGCCUUCUUUGCCUCAGUCUUCUCCGAUAAAGAAAACAAUGCCCGACCUGAAGAAUUUGGAGCAAAUGAUUCAGCAGAGGAAACACAGCCCAGAAUAACUAAGGAGAUAGUACAAGAAUACUUGGCUAGUCUAGAUGUAUUCAAGUCUCCAGGGCCAGAUGAACUGCAUCCAAGAGUAUUAAAAGAACUGGCAGAUGUGAUUUCAGAACCACUGGCAGUCAUCUUUGAGAAUUCCUGGAGAACAGGCGAAGUCCCGGCAGACUGGAGGAGGGCAAAUGUUGUCCCUAUUUUCAAAAAGGGGAAAAGAGAGGACCCAAAUAAUUACCGCCCAGUCAGUCUGACAUCAAUACCAGGGAAGAUUCUGGAGCAGAUCAUUAAGCAAACAGUCUGUGAGCACCUAGAAAGGAAUGCUGUGAUCACCAAUAGUCAGCAUGGAUUUCUGAAAAAUAAGUCAUGUCAGACUAACCUGAUCUCGUUUUUUGACAGAAUUACAAGCCUGGUAGAUGAAGGGAACGCAGUGGAUGUAGCCUACCUUGAUUUCAGCAAGGCAUUUGACAAGGACCCUGCAGCUUCUUUUGGCUCCUUGACUCCUCAGGAUGAAAGAGACGGAUCCUGCAAACCUAGCAAGGAUGGAAGGGGGAAGAUGGACGGUUGACCUGGUCCGGCUGUCUCCUGCAUCCCUCUUCUCAACCUCUGAGCACUCCCUCCCAUGGACCUCCGAGAGAUCUGAUGGUGAGGAAUUAGAAGGGAAGAACAAGGGGGAACACAACAGAAUCCACAUAGCGGAGAAGUCAUAUAAAUAUUCAGAGUGUGGAGAGAACAUCGGUCAGAGCUCCCAGGACACCUCCCAUCAAAGAAAGAGUUUCGUUCAGAGGGAUAGCCUCACUUCACACGUAGGAACACAGAGUAGGGAGAAAUUGUAUCAGUGCAGAGAAUGUGGAAAGAGCUUCGGUAACCACCGGAAUCUCACUUUGCAUCAAAGAAUUCAUACCGGGGAGAAACCCUAUCAGUGCUUCGAAUGCGGGAAGAGCUUUGGGGAUGGGGGUAAGCUCACUUUGCAUCAAAGAAGUCAUACAGGGGAGAAACCCUAUCAGUGCUUUGAAUGUGGAAGGAGCUUCACUGAUAGCUCCAGUCUCACUUCCCAUCACAGAAUUCAUACAGGGGAGAAACCCUAUCAGUGCUUGGAAUGUGGGAAGAGCUUCAGUCAGAGCUCCCAUCUCACUUUCCAUCAAAGAAUUCAUAGACGGCAGAAACCCUAUCACUGUUUGGAAUGUGGAAAGAGCUUCAGUCAGAUGGUGAAUCUCACUUUCCAUCAAAGAACUCAUACAGGGGAGAAACCCUAUCAGUGCUUGGAAUGUGGAAAGAGCUUCAGAAGGAGCUCCCAUCUCACUUCCCAUCAAAGAAUUCAUACAGGGGAGAAACCCUAUCAGUGCUUGGAAUGUGGAAAGAGCUUCAGUCAGAGCUCCCAUCUCACUUUCCAUCAAAGAAUUCAUACAGGAGAGAAACCCUUUCAGUGCUUUGAAUGCGGGAAGAACUUCCGGGAGCGGAUGAAGCUCACUUUGCAUCAAAGAAUUCAUACAGGGGAGAAACCCUAUCACUGCUUCGAAUGCGGAAAGAGCUUCAGUUGGAAGAACACUCUCACUUUGCAUCAAAGAAUUCAUACAGGGGAGAAACCCUAUCACUGCUUCGAAUGUGGAAAGAGCUUCAGUCAGAGCUCCCAUCUCACUUUCCAUCACAGAAUUCAUACAGGGGAGAAACCCUAUCACUGCUUGGAAUGUGGGAAGAGCUUCAGUCAGAGGGCCCAUCUCACUCGCCAUCGAAGAAUUCAUACAGAGGGGAAACCAAAAAAGAGAAAUAAACAAAAAAUAUUAAACAACCCUUACAAAAUACAAGUGUAUAGAAAAGAGAAAGGGGGGGGGGAUAUAAACUAAAAAUACUGUUUAUGACAUUUGUAUCAUAUAUAUCAUAUUGUUCGUCAACCCAUAGAAAGGCAGGCUCCCCCACUUCUCCCCUGUGUGACCCCCUCUUCUCCCCGUAUCCCACCCUGAGAGAUCCUUCCUUCCCUGCGUUCCUUGCAGGUCCCUCGCACCUCCAACUGUCCUCUUCUUAUGUGUGUCCUCCUAAAUUAAAAAUAAAGGAAUCUUAAU